UUUUCAUUUAAAAAUAAUAUAGAAAAAGAAAACAUGUCAACUAAUAAGGACUAUGAGCAUACGAUUGAUGUUUCCAAUCUCUUUUUCAGUUAUGGAGGACCGCCUAUUAUUGAUCAUUUAGAUUUGCAGCUUGAUGCUGGUAAUCGUUGUAUUUUAGUAGGAGCCAACGGUGCAGGAAAAACGACUUUAUUACGAAUUUUAGCAGGUAAACGUAUGGUAAAAGGUGAUAUUAAAGUCCUUGGUAAAAAUGCAUUUUUGGAUGCACCACCUGGCGUUACUUAUUUGGGAACAGAAUGGGCCAAUAACCCGAUUGUCAAAUCAGAUUUAUCUGUAGCGUAUUUACUCAAAAGUAUGGGUAGUCAUCGUUGGCCAGAACGUACGCAACUAUUAUUAACUGUCUUGGAUGUUGACGUGAAAUGGCACAUGCAUCAAAUCUCAGAUGGUCAACGUCGUAGAGUUCAGUUGGUUAUGGGUUUACUGCAGCCAUGGGAGAUAUUAUUAUUGGAUGAAGUUACUGUUGAUUUAGAUGUUCUUGCUCGCGCUGAUUUUUUGAAUUUUUUGAGAAAGGAGACUGAAGAAAGAGGCUGUACGAUUGUUUAUGCUACACAUAUUUUUGAUGGAUUAGGUGAUUGGGCUACUCAUAUUGCUCAUGUUGCUGACGGUAAAUGCUUAUCCAUUCAUGAUGUAAAUAAUUUCCCUGAAUUUGAAGAAAUGAGGAAAAGACACAAAGAAAAGAAUCUUGUCGAUUCACCUUUAACAUCACUCUGUCUUGAAUGGUUAAGAAAAGAUAGAGAAAAGCUCCGUAAUAUUAAAGCAAUAGAUCCUGAAACAGGUCUUCCUCAUUCAAAAUGGGAUGACAUGAGUAAGGAUAUGAAGAAUCUUGGUGAUAAAUAUUAUAAUUAUUGGAAACAAUAAUGAUAAAUAAAUUUCAUGUGUCUUGAUAGUUGUUGCUAAUCAAACCUAAAUAAUUAAGAUAUAGAAUCCUCUGCUAUUGGCUAGUUUGAUUGACAAAAAUUCGUAUGCAUAUUUUAAAACUUGUAAUUUACUUGUUGAAUGCAGAUGUGUGAAAAAAAAAAAGCAAAGUACACAUUGGAUGAGUGGUAGCUGCACCAUUCCAUAUUCAACAGAUCUUAAUGAAAUCACAGUUUAAGUUACUAUUAUUCCUUUCGCUUCUUCUUUGCUUGUCAAACGUAUUAAUAUACAAUGAUACCAAUCUUCUGACAGUGGCUUCAUCAGUACUCAAAUAAUUAUCUCGUACUACUCCGUGAAUAUUUACAAAGAAGGAACACAGAUAAGCAAAAAAGAAGAAAAAAAAAAUACAAUAUCUGCUCUCCUUUUUAGUAGGUUUUCAGCUAUUUUUAUUUCCUGUCUUUUUUUGUUUUUGUUUUUUUUU